UAAGGGACAAUAGUAAUGGCUGUCUGGGUCCCAGAUGAGGAGAUAAAGAUUAGAUCCAACUGUCCCCACCAGCCACCAGCCACCAGCCACCAGCCUCCGGCCUCGUCUUUAUCAACUAUAAUUACUGAAGCUCACUACUGUCAAUUCUCACAGAUCUCCACGAAAGAGACCAUGGAUACCCGACUCUCCUUAUUCCCCCUGAUCAGUACUAUCCUCUUUCUGUCCUUUCUUCCAACACCAUCUUUUUCUCGAUCUCUGGCUACUUCUGUUCGCUGCAACAAACAUGAUUAUAACGCACUGAUGAGGAUCAAGGCUGCACUUCACAACCCAUACCACUUGGCCUCAUGGGUUCCCAACACCGAUUGCUGCGACUGGUACUCCGUCGAGUGCGACUCCACCACUAACCGCAUCGUCACCCUUUCCAUCUUUCAAGCCAACAUCUCUGGCCAAAUCCCUGAAGCAGUGGGCGACCUCCCAUACCUCAACUAUGUCAUGUUUCAUCACAUUACCAACCUCACCGGAACCAUCCCUUCCACCCUCACAAACCUCAAACACCUCACCACGCUCCGCCUCAGCAAUACCAACCUCUCCGGCCCAAUCCCUUCCUUCCUCAGCCAAAUCCCCAGCCUCGACUUCCUCGAGCUUUCCUUCAACCAGUUCUCCGGUUCUAUCCCCUCCUCCCUCUCCUCCCUCGCCAAUUUAACAGAUCUCCAUCUAGACCGCAACAGCCUCACCGGAUCAAUCCCCGAAUCAUUCGGAAAGUUCAAACAGCCUUCUUUGAGCCUCUACCUAUCUCACAACCAGCUUUCCGGUGAGAUCCCCAAAUCCUUAGGGGACGUGGAUUUCAACACCAUCGACUUAUCACGAAACAUGCUUCAAGGGGACGCGUCUAUGUUGUUCAAGGCAAAUGGGUCCACGGAAGGUAUCGAUCUGUCAAGGAACCACAUGUUGGAGUUUGAUCUAUCAAAGGUAGAAUUCGCCAAGAACUUGCAGCACUUAGACAUUUCACACAACAAGAUCUAUGGGAGCAUACCAGAGGCGAUAACUGGAUUGGAUUUGCAGUACUUGAAUGUGAGCUAUAAUCGAUUGUGUGGGAAGAUCCCUCAAGGUGGAAAGGUUCAGAACUUCGAUUCCUACUCCUUCUACCAUAACAAGUGCCUCUGUGGUUCACCACUCACCGCUUGUAAGUGAAAACUGUAGACGGCACAAACUGUAUCUGUUUCUUAUGGUAUUUUUAUGUUUGCGUUAAUAAGGGUACGAACUACGAUAUACGAAGGUAUUGUAUCUGUUGUGGUGUUACAAGAGGCUUUGAAAUAUUUGAGUACUGUCGGUUAUCCACCGUCUGAUUGGAUUUCAUUUUGUUGGGGCCGUGUGUUUCCGGUUAGCAACCGUUUGAUUGUAAAAUUAAUUUUCUAUUUUUUUUCUUAUCAUGUAAAAUUUUUAGAAAAUUGUCCUUAAUUAAUUUGGUCAAA